AUGGCGGUGGCCGGCGGCGCCGCUCCUUUGGGUUCGUCGGUGAUCUCUCUGGUAAACCGACUCCAGGACAUCUUCAGCCGCGUUGGGAACCACUCCACCAUCGACCUCCCUCAGGUGGCGGUGGUCGGCAGCCAGAGCAGCGGCAAGUCCAGCGUCCUCGAAGCCCUCGUUGGCCGCGACUUCCUCCCACGCGGCAACGACAUCUGCACUCGUCGCCCCCUCGUCCUCCAACUCGUCCAAAUCAAAUCCUCUCAGGAGGAGUUCGGCGAGUUCCUCCACUUGCCUGGCCGCAAGUUUCACGACUUCUCCCAAAUUCGCUCCGAAAUUCAGGCUGAGACUGAUAGGGAAGCUGGGGGGAACAAAGAUGUAUCUGAUAAACAGAUUCGUUUGAAGAUUUUUUCGCCGAAUGUUCUUGACAUCACGCUCGUGGAUCUCCCUGGCCUCACUAAGGUUCCCGUUGGUGACCAGCCUUCGGAUAUCGAGGCUCGAAUUAGAACCAUGAUCAUGUCUUAUAUCAAAACUCCAACCUGUCUGAUUUUGGCGGUUACGCCUGCGAAUUCCGAUUUGGCGAAUUCAGAUGCUCUUCAGAUGGCCGGAAUUGCCGAUCCUGAUGGUGGCGUUUUUGGAACAGGACGAUUGUUGGAUAUCAUGGACAGAGGUACUGAUGCGCGGAAUCUGUUGCUAGGAAAAGUUAUUCCCCUCCGACUUGGUUAUGUGGGUGUUGUGAAUCGUUGUCAAGAGAUUCUUGCGCAACAUAUCAAGGCCGUAUUACCAGGACUGAGAGCACGUAUAAGUGCUUCUCUAGUCACUCUUGCGAAAGAACAUGCAAGCUAUGGAGAAAUUACUGAGUCCAAGGCAUGUGCUGGACAGGGUGCUCUUCUCCUUAAUAUUCUUUCAAAAUACAGUGAUGCAUUCUCCUCCAUGGUAGAGGGAAAGAAUGAGGAGAUGUCUACAUCUGAGCUUUCUGGGGGUGCACGAAUUCAUUACAUUUUUCAAUCUAUCUUUGUGAAGAGCUUAGAGGAGGUGGAUCCAUGUGAUGGUUUGACUGAUGACGAUAUUCGCACAGCCAUACAGAAUGCAACUGGACCUAAAUCAGCACUGUUUGUUCCAGAGGUUCCUUUCGAAGUUCUUGUGCGAAGGCAGAUAUCUCGACUAUUGGAUCCAAGUCUUCAGUGUGCUAGGUUUAUAUAUGAUGAGUUAACGAAGAUCAGCCAUCGCUGCAUGGUAACUGAAUUGCAGCGGUUCCCUUUCUUGAGAAAGCGGAUGGAUGAGGUCAUUGGGAACUUUUUACGAGAAGGCCUAGAACCUUCAGAGACUAUGAUAACACACGUCAUAGAAAUGGAGAUGGACUACAUAAACACCUCCCACCCAAAUUUUAUUGGUGGAAGCAAGGCAAUCGAAGCUGCAGUGCAACAGACCAAGUCUACUAGAGUUGCUUUACCAGUUUCUAGGGUGAAGGAUGCACUAGAAUCCGAGAAGGGACCAAGUGGGAAGUCUCGAUCCAUUCUUGCAAGACAUGCAAAUGGAGUAGUGGCUGAUCAGGGUGUUCGCGUUGCAACGGAUGUUGAGAAAGUUGUGACAUCUGGAACCAUUAGUGGAUCAAGUUGGGGGAUCUCAUCCAUUUUUGGUGGAGGUGAUAACCGUGUAUCCAUGAAGGAAAAUACACAAAGUAAACCACAUACUGAACCAGUCCAUAAUGCGCAGUCAUUCUCUACGAUUCAUUUGAGAGAGCCCCCUCCUGUCUUGAGGCCAUUAGAGGGCAAUUCAGAGACAGAAGCUGUUGAAAUCACAGUAACAAAGUUGCUUUUGAAAUCAUACUAUGACAUCGUCAGGAAAAAUGUUGAGGAUCUUGUCCCCAAAGCAAUUAUGCACUUCUUGGUAAACAACACCAAAAGAGAGCUGCACAAUGUCUUUAUUGAAAAACUAUACAGGGAGGAUCUGUUUGAAGAGAUGUUGCAAGAACCUGAUGAGAUUGCCAAGAAAAGAAAACACUGUCGAGAACUGCUCCGAGCUUAUCAACAGGCGUUUAAAGACUUAGACGAACUGCCGCUUGAAGCUGAAACAGUUGAAAGGGGCUACAGUUUGCCUGAAACUGCUACUGGCUUACCUAAAGUUCGUGGAUUGCCGACAUCAUCUAUGUAUUCUACUGGUAGUUCGGGAGACUACUAUGAAGCUUCUCCCAUGAACCCAAAGUCUAAAAGGUCACAUUCUGGGGAGCUCCAAUCACCAUUGCAUGCUAAUAUGGUCACCAAUGGAAAUGGAGGGCCAUACACGUCAGGUUUUGAUCUCAUGGCUGAUGAAUGA